GAUCAAUUAAUCAGACAUGUGGCAGAAAGUUGUUCAGCUCUCCUUCAUUUGGAUUUAUCUCACACGGACAUUUCAAACGGAACGCUUGCACUGCUGCCUAGGUGCUUCCCCAAUCUACAGUUUUUAAGCCUCGCGCACUGCAGGAAAUUCACCGACAAAGGCUUACACUACCUGGGCAGUGGACGAGGAUGUCACAAGCUCCUGUAUCUGGAUAUUUCAGGCUGCCUCCAGUUAACGGUGGAAGGCUUCAGGAAUAUCGCGAAGAGCUGCAGCAGGAUCCAGUGCCUGACAAUUAACGAAAUGCUGACUCUUACCGACAGAUGCAUUCAAGCUUUGGUGCCAAAGUGCCCGAGGAUUGAGUCGGUCGAAUUCAAUGAAUCUCCACACGUGUCCGACGUUGGUUUCCAAGCUCUGGACGCCUGUCAACUGGUCAAAAUGAAGAUCCAAGGGAGUAAUCGUGUUACGGAUCUCACAUUCAAAGUCAUGAGCAAAUUCUGGCCCCGAAUGAAUCAGAUUUGUGUAGCCAAUUGCCAGAGAAUAACAGAUGUAGCCCUCAAGUUAAUUGUACCGCUGGACCAAAUUGUUAUCCUCAACCUAUCCGGCUGCACAAGAAUCGGUGAUUCGGGAAUAAAAUCAUUUGUCGACGGUCGUUCAGCUCCCAAAUUAAAAGAACUCAAUUUGGCUAAUUGUUACCACAUCUCUGACAUUGCCCUCGUGAAAAUAUCUGAAAGGUGCCCGAAUCUCAUUUAUUUGAACUUGCAUAAUUGCCAACUUGUGACGGAUACGGGGAUUCAGGCUAUGACAGCGAUGGCUUCAUUAGCCUAUCUCAAUAUUUCACGGAUAGGCGUCACUGAUCAGGGUUUGGAGAGCCUUGGCAGACAUUUGAAAAUUAAGGAGAUUAUUCUGUCGGAGUGUAGGCUGAUUUCUGACACAGGAAUGAAGGUAUUGUGUACUGAAUUGAAAAAACUAGACUACGUUGAUUUGUCCUUCUGUCGGCACAUAUCAAAUGCUACAUUAAAAAAUUUGUCGUUAAAUUGCCGCAGACUCACCUGUCUCAUUAUGGUGGGUUGUAUCAAGAUCAACGAUUCAGGGAUCCAGUUAAUAGCUUCGGGGUGCAGUUUCCUGCAUUAUCUGGAUAUUUCGGGUUGCAAAAAUGUUACCGACAAAACACUAAAAAACCUGGCCAAAGGCUGCCUGCAACUCCGGAUACUUAAAAUGUUGUACUGCGCAGGCAUUACCCGUCCGGCCGUUUUAAAUUACGCCCCGAGGCUCCAGAAAUACGAAUACAACGACGACGAACCGCCUCUGUGGUUUGAUUAUGGCAUCAGCGGCGACGAAUUGAUGAUGCCGAAGAAACUGAAGAAGCACCGGUACAGCACGGUGGUGCCGAGACCCAGCAUCGUGGGGAUUUCGGGAGAAAAAGACUUGGAACACGCCAAGCUUCCGCUGAUUGAAACCGUAACCGAACAAGCCGUGGAAGAAAGUUUGAUCUCACCGGGAAGCCUGGCAGAAGAUCCCUAA